AUGUCUGAUGCCAAAAACCACUCGGGUGAUGACCAGCCCCUGAGCGAGGAGACUCGUGAGGAUCUUCGUCGCAUGACCCUCAGUCUUACUAACCAGAGAACCAUCGAAACUCUUACCCGAACCGCAAUGAUGGCCAAAUUCAAGCGGCAGAGCACGCGUGCUCUUAGCGAAGACGGCAUGGAUCACUGUAAGGCUGAGAAACAAGCCCCGACCGAGAAGAAGGCCACCACCGCCAAGAUCAUCGAUGGGCAUGUCUCCCAUCGUAAUGUUAAAGAUGGAGAUACCGAGCCUGACAAGGAUAAUAACAAGAAGCAAGCCUAA